ACUUAUAAAUAGAUAGACCACAUCCACCAUCCUACUCCAAAGUCUUCUUCUAGUAUCAGUUGAUAAAUCUUGUACUCAAAAGGUCUAUUCUUGAGCAUUCCUCCUUGGUGAUAUUCAUGGGUACCUGUCUGCCCUCGGUGAUUACAAACGCCAUGCAAAUCCUCAAGCUGCAACCUGUUCAUAUUAGAAAUCAGUCUGAUGUUCCAAGAGGCCAUUUUGCAGUUUAUGUGGGAGAUACUCAGAAGAAGCGAUUUGUGGUACCAAUAUCUUACUUGAAUCAUCCUUCAUUCCAAGACUUGCUGCAGCAGGCCGAGGAAGAGUUUGGAUUUGAUCAUCCAAUGGGUGGUCUUACAAUUCCUUGCAAAGAAGAGACUUUUGUUGAUCUUGCUUCUCGACUGAAUCAUCUGUGACUGCUGGGAAGUAGAGAUAUUCUACUAUAUUUCUUGGGAUUUUCUUUUGUUUUUUUUUUUUUCUCGUUUUUUUCCCUCUAAAAUAGAGUUGUAGUUAACCCCCGUAUGGUAAAUGCUAAGUUCAAUCCCCAUAAAUGAAGUUGUUUCUCCCCAAGUUGAUCCAGGUGACAAAUAGUUUUCUCUCAAAA